UAGGGUGGUGCUAUUUUUUUAACAGCAGGCCCAAGAUUAACGCACGUUCAGACGCUGAGGCUUCUCAAACACCUGCCUUCGUCUAUCCUGCUAAGAUUACAGAUCUACACGACAAAUGAGAACUGUCAUCGCUGAGAUCCUAAACCAAUGCCUUCAAGUUUAGGCAUCCCGUUGUAAUUGCAGAGAAGAGAAUGUGUGAAGUGGACCAGUAAAAUCCCGCGCAGGAUUUAGAAUAUGAAGCCUGCGUUGGUGCUGUUUGUGCUGCUGAGCAUCGUGAUGCUCUGGCGAAGUGAGGCAAAUAAGUGUGCAGGCCAGUGCAGUGGAAGGUCAAAGUGUGACUGUCGAGUCAAAGGCAGCAGGGGGGAAAAGGGGUUCAAGGGUCAACCAGGGAAACCUGGCGAGGGCGGCCUAACUGGCCGCGAAGGCAAUCCAGGACCAGUCGGUCCGAAGGGAUCCCACGGCCUUCCUGGGAGAGCUGGAGAAAAAGGAGACCAGGGUGUGCUCGGACCAGAGGGUUUCCACGGGGUUCCAGGGACGCCGGGUAUACCAGGAGUUCAGGGACCGCUGGGACCUCCAGGGAAGCCAGGCUGCAACGGAACAGAGGGUGAAAAUGGACAUCCGGGUACCCCAGGACUGCAAGGCCCCCCAGGAAAACCUGGAGCACCUGGUUCAGCUGGCCCAAAGGGUAAAUCUCAGCCGAAUUUAUCGACAAGUCGUAAAGGACAGAGAGGGCCUCCAGGACCUGAUGGAUUGAGCACUCCUGGUCAGCCAGGGGACGACGGUGACCCUGGGGAUCCUGGACCUCCAGGAUUGAAAGGACAACCAGGGCUCUCUGGCAGACCAGGACAGAAGGGUGCUGAGGGAAGUAGUCCAAGUCUUGCUGGACCUCCUGGUAAAAAGGGACGCAAAGGGCCUCAGGGCGCUCCUGGACCCAAGGGCUCCAUUCAGUUUGUCAGAAAACCACCGGAUGUGAAGGGUGACACUGGAAAUAUAGGUGACCAUGGUUGUCCUGGGGACCCCGGGUUGCCAGGGUCCUCUUCACUGAAGGGUUACAAAGGGCAGAAAGGUGGAAUUGGACCUGAUGGAAAACCAGGAAAAGAUGGUGACAUUGGACAACUUGGAACAUGGGGACUGAAAGGAGAACCAGGCCCCUUUGGAUUAAAGGGAUACGAUGGGCCUAAGGGACAAAAGGGCGACCGUGGUCUGAUUGGUGCUCCUGGUGACGUGGUGGGUGCAGAUUAUACCUCCAUCAAAGGUCGGACUGGAAUCCCUGGUUACCCUGGACAGCCUGGAUUACCUGGACCUCAAGGUGUGGAUGGUUUUCCUGGACCACCAGGACUACCGGGUGGGGCAUCUUUCAUCCAUGGUCAAGGACCUGACGGGCCCAAAGGUGACCCAGGAAUUAAGGGAGAAAGGGGUGAUCCUGGACACACCCACUAUGGAAAAGAGGGCUGUCCUGGCUCUCCAGGACCUCCGGGACCUCCUGGUGACCCAGGCCCUCCCGGGCCACUUGUUCCAGGUCACACUUGUCAUCGUGUGGGUAUCCCUGGCUUCCCUGGACAUAAAGGCUUAACUGGUCCUCCUGGACCUGAUGGCCUCUCAGGAUCACAAGGUGAUAAGGGUGACCCUUGCAGGUGUCAAGAUCGAAGACCCUGCGACGAUGUUGGACCACCAGGACCUGUAGGACCUCCUGGACCGCCUGGUCCCCAUGGUGUGCCAGGGUUACCUGGAGUCAAGGGAGACUAUGGUUUUAGAGGCCCUCCAGGUCCCCCUGGCUUGCAGGGUCCACCUGGUCCACAAGGCAACCCAGGGUUCCCUGGGUCCAAAGGCGAUGGGGGAGGUUAUGGCUUUGCGGGGAUAAAGGGGGACAGAGGCUUCCCUGGCUCUCCAGGUCCCCCCGGGAGGAUUGGGUUGUUUGGUCCCCCAGGACGUCCAGGCCGCAAAGGCCCACCAGGCCCAAAGGGUGAUUCUGCAUUCUCUUGUUUGAAUCUGAGAGGAGAUCGGGGCCCGAGCGGGUUCCCGGGGCCAGCAGGACCUCCGGGACUGACUGGACCUGCAGGCCCACUUGGGUACGGAGCACCUGGCUAUACUGGGUCAAAGGGCAACAUCGGUGUGCAGGGUUUGCGAGGACCUCCAGGGAGCCCAGGUCAGAAGGGGGACUCUGCCAAAUGGAUUCCUGUGGUAGGAGACCCCGGACCACCAGGAAGAAGAGGAUCUCCAGGACUCUCUGGGCCCCCAGGUUACCAAGGCCCAGGAGGCCCUGCAGGAGGAGCUGGUCCUCCUGGGCAGAAGGGAGAGCCUGGUCUCCUUCAGUCUGCAUACCCAGGACCACCUGGACCUAAGGGCAACAAGGGCCAGCCGGGGCUGGCUGGUCCCCACAGGACUGGACCCUCCGGCCGAUCAGGAACUCCUGGGCCUCCUGGAGCACAAGGAGAGAAGGGAGAUGCAGGAUAUGGGGGCCCAGGACCAGCUGGGUCUCCAGGCCCCACAGGGAUAGCUGGGGACCCAGGGCCACAUGGAGACAGUGGGCCACCAGGCAGGCCAGGAGAUCUGGGAACCCCCGGCUAUCCUGGAGGACCUGGACCAAAAGGGGAUAAAGGUGUUAGGGGUGCUCCUGGUGAGGAGGGCUUCUCUGGAGACUGCUCUAGAUGUGGACAGCAGGGGCCACCUGGCCCACCCGGACCUCCUGGGCCCCACGGCCUCCCAGGGCCCACGGGUGAGAAGGGGUCUUGGGGAGCCGCAGGUCGUCCUGGGUUUGGUUUGCCAGGUGUCCCUGGACUCCCUGGCCCGCCAGGCAUCACUCUACCAGGAUCGCCCGGCUACGUCGGAUCCAAAGGACGUCCAGGGAGAGAGGGGAUUCCUGGUGCCAAAGGGCUGACUGGAGAUCCGGGUCUACCAGGGAUAGGAUUUCCGGGGCAGGAUGGCAUUCCGGGCCCACCAGGACCACCAGGUCCUACAGGUUCUCCAGGGGCACCUGGUUGUAAAGGUGCCAGGUUUGAUGGCAUGCAAGGGGAACCAGGUCCAGACGGUUCCCCAGGCCCCAUAAGUUCAAUACAGCCUCAGAAAGGAGACACUGGUCCACCAGGUCACCCUGGCUUACCAGGUGCCAAAGGUGACAAAGGACACCCUGGAGGACCUGGCAAUGAUGGACGAGAUGGACACCCAGGGCCCCCAGGGCCUACUGGGCCUCCUGGUGAUCCUGGCAGCGGUGGGAUUGGACACCCUGGACCACCUGGGCCCAAAGGACAACCAGGGCUCAUCGGCUUUCCUGGUAUAACAGGCAUGAAAGGGAUCCCAGGCCUACCUGGCCCACCUGGACCCAGUGGCAGUCCAGGUUAUGCUGGACGGAAGGGGGAACCGGGAGAGGCCAGAGGAACUUAUGGCCCUCCUGGACCAAAGGGCCCAAAGGGGGAGCCUGGAUCUGGCUGCGCUGGUUUAGGCGUGAAAGGUUCGAAAGGAGACAAGGGGUCUCCUGGAUCAUAUGGACUACCCGGAUUCAAAGGAUAUUCUGGAGAGCCUGGGUACCAAGGACCCUCUGGCCCACCUGGACAGCCAGGGACAUCAGGAAGACCUGGCAGGCCAGGGAACAGUGGACCAUCUGGACAAGUUGGAGUGCCCGGCCCUCCCGGACUCGGUGGUCCCAAGGGCAUGAAGGGAGAUCCUGGGCGCGAUGGCAUCCCGGGGUGGCCAGGGCCCAAAGGAGAGUCAGGAUCUGGACCAUACCCACCUGGCCCAAGAGGACCGAAGGGCAGUCGAGGACCCAAGGGUGAUCCAGGCCCUCAUGGCUAUUCACAAAGUGGACCCCCUGGACCCUCGGGUGAUACCGGGUUACCAGGACUUCCAGGACCGCCAGGGCCUCCAGGGCUAAAAGGAGACAGUAAAUGCUGUAGGGAUGGCGAGAAAGGACACCCAGGCUACCCUGGGCCACGUGGACCACAAGGGUAUCCUGGCCCUAAAGGGGCUGCUGGGCCUCCAGGUCCAGGAACUCAAGGACAGAAGGGAGACGUGGGAUAUCCAGGACCUCCAGGGCAUAAAGGGGCUCCAGGGAGCUUUGGUGCACACGGAAUACCGGGGUCAGAAGGUCUCCAGGGUCCCCCUGGGCCUAGGGGUGAUCCCGGACGGCCCGGGUCUCCAGGACUUCCAGGUUCUCCUGGACCGUCCGGUGUGAUUCCUGGUGUCAGAGGUCCUCCUGGCAGUCAAGGACCACCUGGACCUCCAGGCCUUCGGCCCCCGUCGUCGAUCAUACAGUACAAACUCACGUCUGGCGACAUGGGCCCUCCAGGCGGGCCUGGCCCGGCCGGACCACCCGGCUACGAGGGACCGCCCGGGAAUCCAGGACGGACAGGUCCUGCAGGGCCAAAGGGCUUGCUUGGCUAUGUGCGCCCAGGACCUCAAGGUUUCCCAGGGAAAAAAGGAGACAAAGGACCUCCUGGCACCCCAGGCCCUAUUGGCUAUGCAGGCCCCCCUGGUCGGAAAGGCCAGCGAGGUCCAGCCGGCUCUGGACGCUCGGCAAUCCCUAAUGUCUUCUUCCUGGCUCGACAUAGCCAGAGUGCCCGUGUCCCUGACUGCCCCUAUGGCACAACCCUUCUGCGCAGCGGCUACUCCCUGCUCUUCGUCCUCGCAGGAAAGAGAGGUCAUGGGCAAGACCUGGGUGCCAUGGGUAGCUGUUUGCCCCGGUUCUCUCCCAUACCUUUCCUCUUCUGUGAGCCAGACUCCACCUGCCACUAUGCUGAUCGCAGUUACAGCUCCUACUGGCUGUCCACAAACAAACCCAUGCCAAUGAGCAUGGACGCUGUCAGUGGAAGCAUUCUGUCGGAAUACAUCAGCAGGUGCUCUGUGUGUGAGACUACAUCUAACGUGAUCGCCGUCCACAGCCAGUCCGCUGACGUGCCUGUCUGUCCUCUGGGCUGGCGCUCGCUAUGGAUUGGCUACUCCUUCGUCAUGCAAACGGGUGACAGGGCUGAGGGCUCUGGCCAAGCCCUGAUCUCUCCUGGCUCGUGUCUGGAGCACUUCCGCCAGGUGCCCUUCAUCGAGUGCCAUGAGAAAGGCACCUGUAACUACUUCCAGGAUGCCUACAGCUACUGGCUGGCCACCCUGGACCCCCGACGCAUGUUCAAUAAACCAGUGGCCAAGACUGUGAAGGGUGAAUGGCUGAAGAGUGUCAUCAGUCGCUGCAAUGUCUGCAUGAAGCUAAAAUGAGACAUUACACACACACACAUACACACACACACAAACAAGUACACAAACGCACUCGCACAGACACACACACACACACACACACACACACACAUUGUAAAGACAACUGUUUUUAACACAGACACACACACACACAAGGGUGAAUGGCUGAAGAGUGUCAUCAGUCGCUGCAAUGUCUGUAUGAAGCUAAAAUGAGACAUACACACACACACACACACACACACACACACAUUGUGAAGACAAAUGCUUUUAUGAAGUCAUGGUCAGAUUUGGAAAUCAGAUAGUCAAUAAUGAGUUUCAGUGAAUUUCUGUCAUGGAUUUGUUACUGUAAGCCUUUCUUAGUUGUAUGGUCAUUAUAACUAACAUGUAUACAUUUGCUUUAAAUUUUAUGAGGAUUUCUUUGUCUUUGGUAUGUCCAAAUUAAUCUUUUCAUUCUGUAUUAGGUGUAAAGCAGUAUUGUACUUGUAAAUAAAAUUGCUGUUAUGUUUGGGACUAAAGUCUUUGACUUUGAAGCUUAAAAAGUUGUGAUUGGGCCAUCUCAGGCAUGUGACCAUUAUCUAUGUCUUCAUUAUAGAUAUCGAGAAUGUUGCUAGACGUGUUGCUUAACCAGACACCACACUGCUUUCUCACAUCCUGUUUUAUAUCUACAGUAUUAUACCGCCUUCAGAAAAUUUCUUCUAAAAUGUGCAAAAAAGGUUUUAAAGAAUAAAUUCCACUUCAAACUA